ACUCUCAGCCUGAUGACAUCACCCAGUCAGUCACACACAGUCGGGCCGCCGCGCGCUCAGAGGAACUAGUUGUUGGAGUAGAGAGAGCGCGGCAGCACUUCAUUACAUCCAGAGCACCGGCUGGGGGGGAAUAUUCACCUGUGCGCUGCCAGGACGAAUUCACAAGGAUUUUCAAUAUUUUUUUUUUAACAGACUUCGUCUUAAAGGCGCAGCGAGGGACAUUUGAAACAAGAAUCUCUGUCGGACUCCUGGUCUGUCCUGUAGCCAAACAAGUUUAUUUUGUUGCCUUGAGUGAGUAAUCUUUUACACAGAAACUGACUCGCAUCUGAAGGUUUCGAUUUUACAUUUAUUCCGGAGAGACUGCGUGCCUAGUUUCAUAGAGGGGACAGUAAUCGACCAUGGCGAGACAUGAUGCCCAAAUCUGGCAUGCCUGCUCAAAAAUGAUCGGACUGCUCUGCUUGGUCGCGUCGAUACUUCGUCAACACGGAGUGUCAGGUCAGCGGGUGAAGGUGGAGCCCGAGGUGUUGUCGUAUCCUGGCCAGACAGUUAACCUGCGCUGUGCAUUCACUGAUGCCACUGGGAUACAGCUCACAAUGGUCACGUGGAUUUAUGAGCCGAAGGACGGAGACAGGAUCAACAUCGCUGUGUUUCACCCCAACUUUGAUCCCAACUACCCCGACUCACCCGUGAAGGGCCGAGUCAGCUUCACGCCCAGUCCUCCAAACCUGGCCAGUCCUUCCAUCGAGAUCAGCAAUGUAAGGAUGACCGAUGAGGGGAAGUACAUCUGCGAGUAUGCUACCUACCCCAGAGGCAACGAGCAAGGCAUCACGUACCUCGUCAUGCUGGCUAAGCCUCAGAACUCGGCCUCCAUCAUAACAGUGGAAGCAGGCACUAAUCCGGUCGUUGUGGCACGCUGUGAGUCUGUGGAUGGCCGCCCCGCUGCCCAGAUUUCCUGGGUGACCACAGCCAAUGGCAAUGCGACAACAGUGUCUAUGCCGGGUGCCAACAACACCGUGACCGUGACCAGCGAGUACCACAUGGUUCCCACAGCAGCAGACAACGGGAAAGACCUUAGCUGCGUGGUGGGACACAGGACCCAGGUCAAACCAGAGAGUUUUCCGUUGAAGCUAGCAGUACAACACGCUCCUGAAGUAACCGUAGUGGGUUAUGACAAUAACUGGUACGUGGGUCGUACACAUGUGGUUCUCACCUGCCUGGCUAGCGGAAACCCCCCUCCAUUGACCGCCCAGUGGAAGACGAUGUCAGGAGAGAUGCCAGACACAGUGCAGAUCACAGACAACGUGCUGAAGGUGCUGAAGGUGGACAGCGCUGUCAACACCACUUUUGUCUGUGAGGUCCAAAACCGCAUCGGGACCGGCAAGGACCAGGUCACAGUUUUUGUCAGAGAGCCCUCAGUGAACCCAUCCAAUGCUGGCAUGGUGGCGGGAGCUGUGAUUGGCUCCCUGCUGGCCCUCCUUUUGGUCGCCGCUCUCAUUGCCGUGCUUGUCACCCGUAGCCGCAGGCAACGGCAGGGUUACCGCGGCAAUGGCGGCAGUGACAUGAAGACGCGCAUAUUUGGCGGUGGCAAGAAGGCCAGCAAGAACGGCACGGGUGUAGGCGCAGGCAGCGGAGGCGGUAACAACAACGGCCCCGUCUACGUUUACAACGACGGCUCAUCCCACCAGGGCCUUGGAGAGAAAAACAACCACCACCACCAGCCGCUCACCAUGGGGGGCCGGCCUGAAGUUGUUGCCACUACACCCACCGCCCAAGACAUCCUGCUAAGCAAUGAGUUAGACGAUGCGGAGAGGAGGAAGUUUGAUGAGCUGGAGAAGGAGGAGAGGUAUGACCACUUCAGUGGAGGAGCCCCCAUCCUUCAGCUUCGCCCACCGCAUGACCAGGACGAUAUGAUUGGCGAUUACCUGGAUGAUGACAUGGAGUCCCAGCGGGAUGGCUCCGUCAUCUCACGGACUGCUGUUUACGUAUAGAGAAGUAGAAAGGGAAAGGAGGAGGAGGAGGCGGAGGCGGAGAAAAAAAAAAGAGGGAUGGAGGAUUCCUCCCGAGGAUUUUGUGGCUACAGGGUCUUGUCCCUGUCUGAUAGAGAAGAGAAAAUGAUACCACUUUUAUUUUUGAAAAUUGAUUCUAAACCUAGCCUAUUAUUAAUCACAGCAGCCCCAGAAUGGACUGAAUGAACAGGACGGUGCAGAGGGGUACUCUGAAAGAAGUGUUGCUGUUAUCUGGUCCAUAAGAACUGAAAAUCAAACGGAGAAAAAGAAACAACCUGUCUCCCACUGCUUCUACUCAUGCUAUCGCUAUCACUGGGACCUUGACAAGGACUCUUGACAGACACACUUAAAGAGAGAAACUAUGUAGUAUGUGUGGGAGAAGGAUGAUGGUAUUAUGAUACAAGCUUGGCUAUAGAGGAGGCAACUCACUUGCAUAUUCACUCUUUUCUUCACCAAAACAGUACAAGUGGAAGGAGUUGUCAAGCAGUUACGUGUUGCCUGCUUUUUCCAGUCCUCCUGUGGGAAACUUUUUGUUUUGGUAAUGCGUUGUGCUGUGACAGCAAGUGGGUAGUUAGUAGCUAGUGAUGGGUUGGGAAGAAGAUUUUGAAGGUAUAGACAGUAUCCGUCAGGUGAUUUAGAGAAGAGAACAAAGUAUUUGCUCAUGUCUACUGGCAAGCUUUCAUUUCCGCUCUCUCUGCCUUUCUCUCAAACUUCUCUGCAAACUUUCAGCGACAGUAGAUACGCUUGAAUUUACAAAAUGUAAAAAGAACAUUAGGUCCUUGUGCUGCACUAAUACAAGAGCAGCUGAAUUUAACAAAGUAAGUUUGCAGAGAGUUUGAGCUAAGUUCUUAACAAGGUAUUCACAUGCAAACUUUUGUACUGUGCCUGGAGGUAAGAGACGGUAAACAAGAGAUGAGGGAAUGAGGUGUAGUCGAUCUGACAGGGUCAAGGGAUGGAGAGAGAGAUGAGAGAGGAGCAUGUCUCUUCUUUUCUUCUUCCUCCUCAUCCCCGUUUCUUCAGAGCGCUCCUGACAGGAGGAGCUUCAUUGGUAAUGAGCCGUGAAGUCACUUGCUUAGCCGGGACCAACAGAUUGCCACCACUUAUCGUUUAUGACGUGGCAAUUCCUCCCCCUCCCACCUCUAUCUCUCUAUCAUGCCUCUGUCCCCCCCCUUCUCUUCAUCCUUCUCUCCAAGCGUUUAUGGGGAGUUUAUGAUUUAUCUGGUAAUGUCGAGGUCACGGCCACAGAGAGCAGAGGAGUAUUUUACUGCUCCUGAUGUGUCAAACGCCCCACUUACUCUAUUCCAGCCUGGCCUGUCCUGACAUGCCAGGACUGACUAAUCCACCUGGAGUGGCCAUGUUCACUCUACUGCACGGAUGCUACUUCCUUCUCCCGCACUUUAGUAAGUGGCCCGGAUGUAACCGAACCCCACCCCAAAGUACGACCGUUAUGUUAGAUAGAUUUUCAAUGAGAUCAUGUAAUAUUUUCCAUUAGUGAAUGUUGUUUAAUGUAGUGAAUUGAUCGGGAGACAUAAAAGGUUGCGUCCACAGCCAAGCUAUGGGAGUCAUAUUGACUAACGGGCAACAGGCAGUGAAAUGGCCCUUUCUGAUGCAGGGCUGAUUCGUCUCCUGACUGUUAAUUUAUCCUUUUAACGAGCCACCGGAGGCCCGCUCAGGCAAAUAUUACUCUGUGGCUACUGCACGUUGCUGUUUUCGAGCCUCAGCGUGUACAUUUGCAUGCGUCACUGUAUCUAUGUAGCCACUGGAUGACUGUGAUGGACAAUCUUAGAGAGAAGCCCUACUGUAGCUCCUCUAAUCCUGGCCUUCAACUCCCCCUUUGACCCACUGGGAAUCUGGUGAGUGCUCUCAAUGACUGUACUGCCCACUUGUAAGGCCCAGCAAAGAUCUGGGUUGCAGUUUGCUGCAGGUCAUGCGGUCAAAUGCAGGGUGACCCAUUGACAAGAGGAAGGAUGACUGUGCUUGCCGGAAUUUCCUAUCAUAGUUGUUUUUAACCUUAAGCUAUAGAGGUGAAAAACACUCACAUACUGUACAAGUAUCUGUAUAGGGCGAGCCAGUCAUAGUUUGCCAUUGUGAUGGCUGUUAACCUGAGAGGCAGAAAGAAGAUGGGAGAGAGACACGGGAGGCAGAUCCAAAAAACAGAGGCAGCAUUCAGUGUUUGAGCACAGUCUAGCAUAUUGUAAGCCAGUGUGUUCAAUAGGAUUAUUGUCUAAUGGCCUUAGCUUAAUUAACUCCUGUCAACCUGGAGUACAUUAAAUUUACUGAACAUCGCUGAUUUGCCACAAUCACUCUAAAUAAAAAAUGUUUUACUUAUUUUUGCACUUUUGUGUGUCACCACUGCAAAGAGAAAUAUAAGUGUAAUACUUGGUUUUCGGGGUCAAAAUAGUGAUAAGGGACAAAACUGUUAUGUACAUUUUGGUGUGAGGUAUCUGUGUACUAUAUAUGUAAGCAUUUUUAUUUUUCAUGUGAAAAUGUGGAUAUCUAUGACAAUGUAAAUAUCAGAUCGAUGGAGCCAGUGUUGUGGAAGUAAGGAAAGCGUUCUGGGUCUGCUAAGCCUAAAGUUCAAAUGUCUCAGAGGGGAAUUCAGAAUGUAAUUUUUAAUCUAAUGAAUACCUCUGUGUGUGUGUGUGUGUGUGUGUGUGUGUGUGUGUGUGU